CCGUCUGCUCUGUGUCUGCAGCCACGUUCUGGUGUAUAAAUUAGGUGGAACCUCCCUCAGCGUGACGGUGCUCCAGGUCACCGGGGGAAUGUUCCGUGUUCUAAACACACACACUGACCACAACAUCGGAGGAGAGAACUUCACCCAGGCCUUGGCCCAGCACCUGGCUGCCGAGUUUAAACGAACCUUCAAACAUGAUGUCAGUGGCAACGCCCGCGCCAUGAUGAAGCUGAUGAACGGAGCCGACAUGGCCAAACACUCACUGUCCUCACUGGGCUCAGCCAACUGUUUUGUGGACUCCUUGUACGACGGCAUCGACUUUGAAUGCAACGUCUCCAGAGCUCGAUUUGAGCUGCUCUGCUCAUCACUUUUCAACAAAAGCAUUCAGCCAAUCAAAAACCUGCUGGAGAAGGUGAACCUCUCAACCAGUGACAUCAACAAG